GUUGUCUCGUGAGCAUUCAUCAUCACAAUGGCCUCCUCCCUUCGUCUCGCUGCCCCUAAGAUGGCGUCGAUGGCCGCUCAGAGCACCGUCAGGGUCGCUCGGUCGCCAGUGCAGCUCCAGAAGCUCACCCGUGCUUACUCUGUUGCCACCCGCCAGAACACUGCCUUCACCACCAUCAAGCGCACCUCGACCCUCCUCAACUCCGCCCGUGCCAAGGUCUCCCCCAUCGGCAUCCAGGCCAGCCGUGCCUACUCAUCUGAGAUGGCCAAUGCCCUCGUUCAGGUCUCCCAGAACAUGGGCAUGGGUUCUGCCGCCAUCGGUCUCGGCGGCGCUGGAAUCGGUAUCGGCCUCGUCUUCGCUGCCCUUCUGUCCGCUGUUGCUCGCAACCCGUCCCUUCGUGGCCAGCUCUUCGCUUACGCCAUUCUCGGCUUCGCUUUCGUCGAAGCCAUUGGCUUGUUCGACCUGAUGGUUGCCAUGAUGUGCAAGUUCCUCUAAAUGGUACUCGUGCAACCGGCAUGACCGCUGCAUUUGCAUUGUACGGAUAGCGGGCCAGGAUGGAAACAGCUCUGGAUACAGAGCCACAAGGGUCGAUGGUCGACCAUGCUGCCAGUGCAAGAUGCGCACAUUUGUAUAUAUUAUGAGGAAGCAUAGCACCUCACAAUAGGCACUCCCAUUGCCAC